ACCUCAGUCGCAUCCUGGAUCCUUCAGACACACACACUCUUUGCUCUUAAGACAUAUCUCUGGAGUCAUCACUCUUCCCGCCUUUCUGUCUGCCCUCUUUUACUUUAUCUGCAUGCUUUUAAAAAAAGACUGGCCUCUCUUGUUUAUGUCUGGGGAACUUGGAACUUCUUGAGAGCUCCUUGGUGGAGUUUGACUCGAUAGAGUUUGACUUCGCUAUUCCUUGAGCAAGUGUGAGUUUCUGUAUUGCAUUAGUGGGUGAUGGCGGCAACGCCGGCAAUGGAGCGCGUGGACGCACUGAAGAGCUCCCUGAAUGGCAGCGCCGACCUGGAGCACAGCUGGGAUGGGAUGGGGGAGAUCCCGCCACCGCCCUUACAGAGUUACCUGCUGCUCACCAUCUUCACCUGCUUCUGCCCUGCCUACCCCGUCAACAUCGUGGCCCUCGUCUUCUCACUCAUGUCGAGGAACAGCCAUGAGAUAGGUGACUACGAGGGCUCACGGCGACUCGGCAAGAAGGCGCUACAUGUGGCCAUCGCCUCCAUCAUCAUCGGCAUUCUCAUCAUCAUCGUGUUCUGCAUUGUCCACUUUACAAACCUGGACUUCUGAAGGGAUGAGGCUUUGGUGGUGCCACCAUCAAUACAUUGCUCCCUAACCUGCUCAGCUGUUGGUGAACUGACAUGAACAGGAGCCCUUUAUGAACUGUAUGGAAACGGGACUGGACUGGAGAACAUCUACUGGGACAAAUUCCUUUGGUGGCAAAUGGACUUCCUGUCAAACUUGGGCUUCCAGGGAGAGUUUCCGUGGUCCUCAUCCUUGCCAAGAGUUCUCCCGGAACUGUGUUCUGUCUGACAGUCUGUCAGCAAAGUGUUUGACUGACAGGGAAUAAUGCAAGAAAUGCAGGGGUCACGGAGCACACACUUCUGCCAUUUAAGUGACAGCAAAGUGAAAGCAAAGUAAACUCUUUCUGUACAUAUAUACGUAGGUCUACCAUGGUAAACUACCAAUCAGGUGUUUUAUACUAGUUGUUUGGUCCAUUGCAAUGUCAUAUAAAUUAUCUAUUGCUCUUAGCACUUUGAUGUACAUUAACAGUUUUGUGGAAUUCUAUCAAUCUCAGUAAAUUGUUUGCUUUGGACAACAAUUAAAUUACUUUAGAUUUUGGAGACAUACCUUCUUCCUUAAUCAUCCUUUCAUAACGCAUAUUGGUUGACAAGAAAAGUCUUCACAUGAAUAAAUAGUAAUGGCUAAAUGCUUUUACCCAAACGCAUAACAGCAAAAACAUUUUUUAAAUAACUGACUGAAGUUGAUGCCUACUAACCAUGGAUUGUGAUGCCUGCAAGGCCAUCUUCAAAGUGUUGGCCUCCAAAGUUUACUCAGUUCAUGUACGUACCUUUAAUAGAAUGUUAGAACAC